AUGUCCCGCUAUCCUUCGAACCGAACAGAGAACCGACCCAAUGAUUUAGCGGGUAUGGAAUACAGCAAGCUCGAAUACUGGGACGACAAUGGCAAGCCUUACCUGAAAGAGUACGCCGGAAGCGGAAAGCUUCAGGGCAAGACUGCCAUCAUCACUGGCGGUGACAGCGGUAUUGGUAGAGCAGCCGCAAUCAUGUUCGCCCGGGAGGGCGCCUCUGGCAUUACCAUCACCUAUCUUCCAGAAGAAGAGACCGAUGCUAAGGACGCUCAACGCCUCGUCGAGGAGUCCGGCGCCAAAGUCAACCUGUUCAAGGCUGAUUUGAUGGACGAAUCUGCCUGUGAACAACUCGUUCAGAGCCACAUGAAGGUUUUCGGAAAGCUGAACAUCCUCGUCAACAACGCUUCGAAGCAAAUUAUUUGCAAGGACUUUGCCCAAAUCGAUUUGAAGAAGGUCGAAAGUACUUUCCGAUCCAAUAUCCUUCAAAUGUUCGCCGUGACCAAGUUCGCCCUGCCCCAUCUCAAGAGGGGCGCCGCCAUCAUCAACACCACGUCCGUAACCGCUUACAGGGGUUCUGCAGGGCUAGUCGACUAUGCCUCCACGAAGGGCGCCAUCCUUACCUUCACCCGCUCGCUCGCCCAGCAGCUCGCACCCAAGGGCAUCCGUGUCAACGGUGUCGCACCUGGUCCUAUUAUAACCGCACUUCAGGCUGCGUCACGCCCUGCAGAGAAUAUGGAAGGCCUUGGUGUCGGCGAACCGCUACACGGACGUGCAGGGCAGCCGGCAGAGUGCGGUCCUAGCUAUGUCUUCCUUGCUUCCAGCGAUUCAAACAUCAUGACAGGACAGGUCAUCCACAUCAACAGCGGUGAACACUUCGGUGGAUCAUAA